AUUUGAAUCACAAUAUCCAACUAUGCAUUGACCAAGUGAUUUAUCCCGCUCGAAUGCCAAAUGCCAAUCCAACAUCUAUGUUAUUUUAGAGGUAUCCUAAAAUCUAUUUCACAGUUUGCCACUAACCCUUUCAUGGAUCAUGAAACUGAGUAGCGGGUAAUGCGUGACAACUGAUGAAGAGCGAGAAUACCUGACAGAAGUCAUGUAUACAAAUGCAAUUGGAAACUUGAUGAUGCUAUGGGGUGUAUGAGAACAAACGUUUCUCCUAUGAAUAGCAAGUGAGGUGAAGACGGGAAGUUGGUGAAACACACAUUACAUAUUCUAGAAGGAAAAUGGCUUUGGGGAAGUACACCAGGGUUGAUGCUAAGAAACCAUCACCAAAUUAUUGUUCCAUAGUGACAAUUGUGGCUUUUAUAGUCAUGUGCUUAGUUGGACUGUGGAUGACAACCUCGGUGUCUGUUGUCCCUGUACAAAAUAUGGGCUUACCUUCACGGGAGACCAGGAAUGGCUCAUUUACUCAGGUAAGCAGUCCAAAUGAGGAUAUAAGUGGCAGCAAUAGGAACUACGCGGCCAGUAACAAGAAUAAUAGCUCAACUUAUGUGGCCAAACCAAUACAACUUGACGAUGUUCCAUCUGAUUUACCUGAAAUUUCAUAUAAAGGUGACACUGUAACUCAAAAGGAGAGCAUUCCCAGUUCCCGAGAAACAGAAAAAAACCCAGAUGAAAUCAAGGACACGGAGACAGAGGAGAAGACGAGAGUAGAAAACAGCAAUGAACCAAAGACUUUGAAAACUGAGAAGAAAGAAAACAAGGAAAAUGGAGAACUGAUGACUAGAGGAAAAAAUGAAGCCGGAGAGAGUAGUGAAAGCAAGUCUGCUGAAAAAGGAGCACAUGUGGAUGUACCAAAUGCUGAGGAAAAAAAGGAAACCUCUGCUAAAGGAAUCAAUGGAAAAAUAGACGAGAGUGCUGAGGACGAGAUGGAUCUGGAUGGAGAGCAGAGUAAAAAUAAGCCUAUCCAAGAAGGGGAGAACAGAGAAGGCUCAAAUUCGAUUAAACCUGAUGAGGGUGAUGCCAAAAAGAAACCUAGAAAGACUUCCGGUGAAGCAAAUGACGACUACAAAAUAGGAAAGGUCGGUGACAGAAACAAUUUUGAAGGAUUAGGUAAGAAAAUGGAACACUCCGAUGACAAUUUCCCUUCAGUGGCUCAAGAUGAUCUUUUGAAUAAGACUUUGGCACAAAAUGGGCAUGAUGAGGGUGAUACCGAAAAGAAACCUAUAAAGACUUUUGGUGAAGCAAAUGACAACUACAAAACAGGGAAGGUUGGUGACAAAAAAGAUUUUGAAGGGUUAGGUAAGAAAAAGGACGAUUCUGAUGACACUUUCCCUUCAGGUGCUCAAGAUGAUCUUUUGAAUAAAACUUUCACAAAAAAUGGGCCAUUUUCAAAUCAAGCAGCAGAAUCAAUUGAUGCAAAGGAAGCCCAAAGGUUUUCUGAAUCUGAUAUAGAAAGUGCAUACAAGUGGAAACUUUGCAAUGUCACUGCUGGCCCAGAUUUCAUCCCGUGCCUUGAUAAUUUGGAAGCAAUCAAGAACCUUAAAAGUACAAAGCAUUAUGAACACAGAGAGAGACACUGUCCGGUUGAUCGUCCCACUUGCCUUGUUCCGCAUCCGGAAGGAUAUCAACCCCCAAUUAAGUGGCCUACAAGUAGAGACAAGAUAUGGUAUCAUAAUGUUCCUCAUACCAAGCUUGCAAAGUUUAAAAGAAGUCAAAAUUGGGUUAAAGUUAUUGGUGAAUAUCUGACAUUCCCCGGUGGCGGAACCCAAUUUAAGCGUGGUGCACUUCAUUAUAUUGAUUUUAUACAGCAGUCUGUGCCAGAAAUUGCAUGGGGAACCCAUUCACGUGUUAUAUUAGAUGUUGGGUGUGGGGUUGCCAGCUUUGGAGGCUAUCUUUUUGAAAAAGAUGUCUUGGCUAUGUCAUUAGCUCCCAAAGAUGAACAUGAAGCUCAGGUUCAGUUUGCACUUGAAAGGGGCAUUCCUGCUAUAUCUGCUGUCAUGGGUACAAAAAGGCUUCCAUUCCCCGGCGGAGUCUUUGAUAUAGUUCAUUGUGCUAGGUGCAGGGUUCCAUGGCACAUUGAAGGCGGGAAACUUCUUCUCGAGCUGAAUCGUUUGCUUCGGCCUGGAGGUUACUUUGUGUGGUCUGCUACUCCCGUUUACCUGAAACUUUCAGAGGAUGUUGAGAUCUGGGAAGCCAUGAUGAAAUUAACCAAUUCAAUGUGCUGGGAAUUACUUGCAAAAAACAAGGACAGACUAAAUAGAAUAGGAGUUGCCAUAUUUCAGAAGCCUAUUUCUAAUGAGUGCUAUGAGCAAAGAUCACAAGAUGAUCCUCCACUUUGUGAAGAAUCUGAUGAUCCAGACGCAGCCUGGAAUGUGCCUUUACAAUCUUGCAUGCACAAAGUUCCCACUGCUUUACAUGAGAGAGGGUCUCAAUGGCCAGAAGCAUGGCCUGCUAGGUUAGAAAAGUCACCUUACUGGUUACUGAGUUCCCAGACAGGUGUGUAUGGGAAGCCAGCACCAGAUGAUUUCAUUCUAGAUUACCAGCACUGGAAAAGAGUGGUGACCAAGUCAUAUUUGAAUGGACUGGGAUUCGAUUGGUCUAGUGUGCGGAAUGUCAUGGACAUGCGUGCCAUCUAUGGAGGAUUUGCAGCUGCAUUGAGGGAGUUGAAUGUAUGGGUUAUGAACAUUGUGUCUAUAGAUGCUCCCGACACGCUUCCCAUAAUAUAUGAGAGGGGUCUUUUUGGAAUUUAUCACGAUUGGUGUGAAUCAUUCAGCACUUAUCCCAGGUCAUAUGAUCUUCUCCACGCCGAUCAUCUCUUCUCCAAGAUUAAGACAAAGUGUAGCUUACCGGCGUUGGUUGCUGAGGUAGACCGGAUUUUAAGGCCCGGCGGGAAGCUCAUAGUCCGUGAUAAGGUGGUCACUCUAAGUGAAGUCGAAAACAUGUUCAAAUCUAUGCAUUAUGAGAUUCGCAUGACUUACUCUAAGGACAAUGAAGGGUUGCUUUGUGUGCAAAAGACAAUGUGGCGUCCCAAGGAGGCUGAGACGCUCACUUAUGCUAUCGCCUAAACCAUAAAUACCUAUACAGUUUUUGUAAUGAAAAGAGAUUAAGAGAGUUUUGGUGUGUAAAGGUGUAAGAGGUAUAAAAAAAAUCAAGUGUGAUUUGGACAGUACAUGUAAGUUAUUGAGCCUCAGAAUGAAGGAAAAGGAGAUGCAUUUGAUGCCAAUAAGGAGCUUAUUUAAUUGAGUUUGGGUUUUAUUUAAAUAAAUUUGGAGUGAUCUG